AUGGAAGGAAAGAAGCGACAGGCCCACACUACCGGACCAAUCCCUCCGCGCAUCAUUCUGCACGGCGGCGCAGGAAACAUCACGCGUGCAUCCCUGCCACGCGGUGCGUACGACGAGUACCGCAGUUCGCUGCUGCGCAUUGUAGAUGCUGCCGCGCGCAAGCUGGCGGAACCGGGGGCCACGGCGCUCGACGUCGCGACGUAUGCGGUUGCGCUGCUGGAAGAAGAUGCGUUGUAUAAUUCUGCUCACGGCGCCGUGUUUACGCGCGGAGGCAAGAACGAACUUGAGGCUAGUGUGAUGGUGUCGGAUGGGUAUAGGAAGAAGGGCGUGGGAUGUACGUUGUUGACCCGGGUGAGGAAUCCGAUUAAGCUGGCGCGGAAACUGCUGGUGCGUGGGGAGGAGGUGGAUGGGGGCGGUGGAGCGGGGGAUCAUUGUUUUUAUAGUGGCGAGGUGGCCGAGGGGCUGGCAAGGAAAUGGGGAUUGGACAUGGUGGAGCCGAGUUGGUUUUUUACGCAGAGGAGGUGGGAUGAGCAUUUGAGGGGGUUGGAGGAGGAGAAGGAGGGGAAGAUGGCAGGGGGUGUAGGGGUGCAAGGGACGAGCGAGUGGGAGAAGAGUCAUUAUGUUCCGCUGGGGACUUGCGGUGCGGUUGUUGUGGACAGCUAUGGGACUAUUUGUACUGCUACGUCUACAGGGGGCUUGACAAACAAGGUUGAUGGGCGCGUUGGCGACACACCAACCAUAGGAGCUGGGUUCUGGGCUGAAGAGUGGUAUGAAGAUGCUGCUGCUGCUGCUGCUGCUGCAAAGAUGCUGUAUCAGCCUGUCUCGCAGGCCGUGGCACCGAUAGACAAGCUCUCCAGAGGCGACCUGCACGGUGCGCUCGACGGCUGUCUGCCAAUACUUGGCUCGUCUUCUUCAAGACAAACUGCACCAAUGCCAAGUCAAGACAAUAAAGAACCUACUCCCAUCCGCCAUGCCGUGGCUCUUUCAGGGACCGGCAAUGGCGACUCCUUCCUCCGCACAUCUGCCGCUCGAACAACAGCGGCCAAAUCUCGCUUUUCUUCGCAAUCUCUCAGCGACGCAACCACAUGGAUGGCCGGCCGCGGUGGUGAACUCCAAAAAAGUGCCGGCAACCGAUGGGACGGAGUCCACGAAGGUGUCGGCGGAAUCAUAGGUAUCGAGCUUGUUGGGAAUAGAGUACAAGUCGUCCAGGACUACAAUUGCGGCGGCAUGUUCCGCGCCUGGACGGAGGAGAAUGGAAGUCGCAAGUGUUUAAUCUUUAGAGAAGACAGGUGGGAGAGCGGACCGCACAGUUGGCAGGAUAUCUGA